AUGUCACAGCUGUCACAGCUCCCGCGGCCGUCCCUGCGCUCGGAGCGGUGCCUUCCAUCGCUAAAGCCUCCCUGGGGGCGGGUAACGGAGUCCGUCGCUGUGGCUUGGACGAGGUCCCUGGACUUCUGCUCCCGGCUCGGCACAGCCCGCCGGGCGGGCAGAGCCGGACCCGCCCCUUCGCACCCCACCCCCGGGGCCGCGCUGGCCGCCCCCUCUCCCGCCCCUUGGGGCGGCCGCAUUCCGCGGGCGGGCCGGCCGGGCCGGGCCGGGCCGGCAGCAGUGGAGCCGGGUGUGACAGCGGCAUGGCGGGCGGGCAGGGUGCUGGUGUACGGGGGCAGAGGGGCGCUGGGCUCCCAGUGCGUGCGGUACUUCAAGGCCAAGAACUGGUGGGUCGCCAGCAUCGACCUGGCCGAGAACGCGGAUGCCAGCGCCAACGUGGUGGUGACGGCCACCGACUCCUUCCCCGAGCAGGCCGAGCAGGUGACAGCAGAGAUUGGAAAACUUCUUGGUGAAGAAAAGGUGGAUGCGAUCUUGUGUGUAGCAGGAGGAUGGGCUGGAGGCAGCGCCAAAGCCAAAUCUUUAUACAAAAACUGUGAUCUGAUGUGGAAGCAGAGUGUUUGGACAUCGACUAUUUCCAGCCACCUAGCAACAAAACAUCUGAAGGAAGGUGGUCUCUUGACUCUCACAGGAGCUCAAGCUGCUUUAUCUGGAACCCCAGGGAUGAUUGCCUAUGGCAUGGCCAAAGGAGCAGUGCAUCAGCUUUGUCAGAGUUUAGCUGGUGCCAGUAGUGGCUUGCCAUCUGGUUCUGCUGCUGUUGCCAUUUUACCAGUUACCUUAGAUACACCGGCAAACAGGAAAUCAAUGCCUGACGCAGAUUUCGGCUCCUGGACACCCUUAGAAUUCAUUGCAGAAACCUUUUAUGACUGGAUAACAGGAAAGAAUCGACCAAACUCUGGGAGUCUAAUCCAGUUGAUAACUACAGGUGGGAAGACGGAACUAGUUUCAGCAGCACAUCUUUGAUGUCAGUCACUUAAGGUGAUGGAACUUCAGUGAAGGAGAAGCUGUGGAAAAUCUGUCUAUCAGUAUAAUUGGAUGGUCUUCUGUAUCCAGUGAUUGUUAUAGUUAUGCCAUUAAUGGAACCAGAUUUCACAUAAUAUUUCAGUGCUGUCAGUUGUGAGCUAUCAGCUUUUGUUUACCAAAUAAUAUCAAGUACUUGUCUCUAAAUGAAAGUUGCAGGCUUUAAAGUCUGUAGAUGUUGUAAUUCUGAGCAUUAUAUGUCAACUUACCUGUUUUCUGUGAAAUGGGAAUAAUGCUUAAUGAUGUCAUGUGAUCACAUACAUGGUUGGAUUUUUUUUCUCUGUCAGUAAGUGUUUCUGGUAACUUACUGUGAAUCUUUUAGUACUCUGUCUUUUUCUGUCUGACAAUAUAAUGCCGCUGCUGUGUAUUAUGUUGGCUGUAAACCAUAGGAAACAUUGGAGUCAUAUAUCCUGUCCUAGUUGUGAAACAUUUUUCUUGUGAAUGUUCCACUUGAGUUAAUGGAACUGCAUAGAGAUUAGUCACUUGAGAAGGAGUUCCUAGUUUGCCUUACAGUUCAUAAGCUGCUCUCAGGCCUACAGUUGUAGGAUAAAACAGUCAUUCUGUCAAAUGAUUAGUAUGUCUUUCUGUUAGUCGUGAUGGUUCUUCACUUUUUUAGAAACCAAAGUGCCGUAACGUUGUAGAAAAAAAGCAUGCAUGCACUUCUAUUUGAAUAUGAAACUUUUUGUGCUAAAUAAAUGUAUAUUGUUUUAUAUA